AUGACUAUUGUACGUCUUCUGAUGGCUAUAUCUGCAGCCAAACAGUGGACAAUCCAUCAGAUGGAUGUCAAAAAUGAUUUUCUUCAUAGGGAGUUAAAAGAGACGAUUUAUGUGAAUCCUCCUCUAGGAUACUGUACAGAUCCGCAACUUGUUUGUCGAGGAAGCGAGGAGUAUGUUGAUGAUAUACUCAUUACAGGGGAUGACACAGAAGGAAUUUCUAGGCUACAACAGUUACUCAGUGAAUCCUUCAAGAUAAAGGACUUGGGGCCUUUGACAUAUUUCUUGGGCCUUGAAGUGAGCAAAAAUUCUCAAUGCUACUUUGUUAAUCAACAGAAGUAUGCGGCCGAUCUGGUUAAAUUGGAAAAUCUUAGUGACUCUAAGAUUGUGGACACUCCACUAGAACUGAACCUAAAACUCAGCAAAGAUGAUGGAUCUCCCCUUGAAGAUCCUACCCUUUAUCAUCAGUUAGUGGGCAGUUUAAUCUAUCUCACCAUGACUCGGCCAGACAUAUCCUAUGCAUUCAGAUAUGUGUGA